GAAAUAUGGAUAAUCUAUCGUUCACGCCUUCCCACUGACGAGUGGAAAGCAUGUUGACGACAUGGUGCAUGAGAAAUAGUUCAUUUGAGUCGUGUACCUGUAUAUCAUGAGAAUAUUAACUUUUUAAUCCCGUGAAUGGGCGGAGCGACGAAGAGAGAGCAACUACAAUUUUUGAACCAAUGUCUCUUUGCGCUUUUCCACUACGUGUAAUGAUGAGCUCCACUGGAGUAAAAAACCGUAUUGCGUCACAAUUUUUAGACGUCGCUCGGGUGAAAAAAAAUCAAGCAGAUUUUAGUAUCCGUUUAGUGGGCCGUUCGCGUGGUCAUUGUGAAUGAAUUGUCUGCAAGAAACUGUCAAAAUUGUUUGAAACCAUUCCAUCAUGACUGAAACACUUCAGACAUCAAAGCUAGUGAACUAACUUAACUCUCAACGUAACUUUCAGUGCGAUGAUUUCUCGCACGGUCACUUUGGUCGUACUUUUCACAGCUAUUUCUGGUUCUUUUAGGACUGUUGUCACCGAGAGAAAUGACACAAAGCAGAACCAACAACAUCUCAUUCACCUUAAGGAUCAAGGAGAAGAUGAAAAUCCGAAUUCAACUUCCUUCAAGUCGCAAUGGGUGAAAAAUUACGGAGAAAGGGAAGACUUCAACGUUCGAAAUUCUCUGCACGCAGGUUAUUUCAACAUAAAUCGAGUUACCGAUCAACCAUCACACGAAUUUCCAGAGUUGGCCGUAAAACCCUCAGUCAUCGUUCAGCCACGCAUAUUCGAGGAAAUAUACCAAAUAUGCUCGAAAAAUGUAGCAACAGGGGAUAGUCAAAAUGAUGACGUCAUAAUCAAGUGUAAAUCAGAAAUUGCUCCAACAGAAUUGGCCGAUCAUAUGCAGGAUCUAGAAAAAAUCGUCAGAUUCGAAGGAUACGAUCUGGAAUGUUCGGUCAGUUUACUCAGUGAGAAGUAUGGGAACAGCCGUUUGAUAAAAGAUGGGAGUCAAUGGCUCAUUGAUUUUAUCAGGCGUAAUUCCAAAAGCAACGUGAAAAAUAUCAAUUCACCUCCUGGGCACGCCCCAAGGUACCUUCUUGGGGAAGUGCAUCAAAUUGCGUGCUUCUUCAAAGCUGUAUCUUUGUUUCCCUCCAAUUUGGAGCACCCAACCGAUGGAUCCCAUUACGAAAGUGUAAAGUUGGCAACCGCCAAUCAUGAGACAGGUCUGCCGACAGAGGACGCUGAUCAGAAUUUGAAAAGGAGGUUGUUGCAGAAGGCUUAUAGCACUCUCAGCAACAAGGCCAAUUAUGAAGCUGGUCAGGGCCUCGCCGCAAGCGUCCUUCAAAACGCCAGAGAAGGAAGUCGGUGGCUCUGGGAGAAAAGUGCCCCUAUAAGGGAUACCGUAAGCACAGAGGGAAGGAAAUACUUUGAUAGGGCUGCCUCGGGGAGCAAGUACUAUUUUAACGCAGCGUCGAGAAGAUUCAGGGGCUCAGAGCGUGUACAAAUUCAAGAUAAUCUAAGUCUAGGCGGUAGAUCAUUCGCAGAAACUGCACCUGGAGUGGUAAAUCAUCUUCUCUCCGCGAACGAACAGAAGAGCCCGUCCCGGAAUAGGUCCUUCUCGAACUCAGCGUCAGAGGAACAAUUAAUACAGGCUCUCAAGAAGGAUAACUUGUUCGAUUGCCUUCUGAAAGCAGUGAGAUUCAUCCCCGGUCAAGCUUUGGGACUGGUGACGGAGAAUAUAACCGGGACGGCCACGAAGGGUUGGGGCUAUAUCCGCGGCGUCGGAAAUUUGAUUUGGAGAAGAGGUGAGAAAAGUCCACGCCGUAGUCCAACCAGCAGUCCGUCGAGGAAACCAAACGGUAUCAGCAGUCCAUCCAGGAAUUCAAACGGUAUCAGCAGUCCAUCCAGGAACCGGAGUCCAACUCGAAAUCCAUCCAAUUCACCGAGUCCAAGCUUAACGGACGUGGUGACUGGGCCUGUGAUGCAGAAAACGUACGACAUGGUCAAGCAGUGCUUCGAGUUCUUCGAGCAUGACGAGGAGGGUAAGUUGAUACUGAAUCAGCAGUACGCGGCAGGAACGGCAGAGACUGUGCUGAUGAAAUUCCCGACGACGGCGUUGAUGUUAGGAACGGCUCGCGCCGUAACGCAAAAUGUCCGCAUGACGAGAGAUGCGGACGGAAAGUUCAAUGAUUAUCAUGUGGAUACCCGGGGGUUGGUCACAGACUUGGGAAUGGCCGUCGCGAAUGCGUCCCCGAUCGGUAAAAGGCUAAUGGGUUUGAGUAAUACGCUAAGUAGGUUGGGUACGUAUGGUCCGUGGCUGAACGAUGUGGCGAACAGAAUUGCGAGCUCUGAAGGGAAGCAACCGAAAUGAUUGAAGGUCCGCCUCCGAAUUGAAAAGCACACUGGAGAAAAAAAAAACACUUUGGAUCUAGAGUCCAGACUCUUGAAAACAUUGAUAAGAAAAAUGACUCUUGAUUCAAUCAGAUUUAAGCUUAAAUCAAAAGGA